AUGAUGCUUCCCGACAUAGGCGAUAAAAUCUUCUUCCCUCGCCAACAGGGAGAGCUUGUCAAGAUAGCUUGGUACCAGAAAAACCAGUGUUGCCAGGCAGAAUACUACCGCACCCCUGCAUACGUCUUGAAGUCGCUCAAGAAACAAUCUCCAUAUGAGACUGUCCUGUUCAUCGCCCGCGAACGCUUCGACGAUGUAUAUCAUCUCGUUCCUGAAGCCUUGUCCUCGCUCCAAACCGACCACGUGAAGAAAAUCGAGAUUCAAGCCGACGAAAACGAAACCAAGGAAGAGAAGGCUGCACGAGAACAUUGGAUUCAGUGUGAAAUUGACGAAAAGUUCUUCUACGGGCAAGAUAACAUUGAGAAUCCAAAGUACAGAUGGCUGGUGUACCACCCCAAGGAGAGAGAGCCGGCUCAGGGUCGCUUUAUCGAGGCUACGCCUCAGCUGAUUGUUGCAAACCUCAUCUCGGUCAUUCCCUCGGUGCAAACGCCCACGGGUGGACUAACCAUCAACUUUGAUGAGACUACCGCUAAGAAUGUACAAUCCUGGGGUGUCAGACUCUUCGGUCAUAAAUUGCACCAAUUCGGCAAACCUGCGAAGAAGGAGCUCGAGCUAGACCAAAAGACAAUCGACACGAUCAAAGACAUUGCAAAUAAGGAGUCGCCCAAAGACCCAGAGCUGGAGAAAGGUGCUCCUAUGUUUGGUAUGGGUUUAAAUGGGGCGGGUGUGAAGGGUGAGGCACCCAAAGAAAAGUUAAGAAGAUCUUAA